ACAAACUGAGGCCAUAUGAUGAUGCGCGUGCGGGGGCCGUGUAUAUGCUUAAUCCCAUUUCCUUAUCCGGGGUCCGUCCUGGAGGCGCGCCAUUGGCCGGCUGCCGUCACGUGGCUUCUUAACUUUGUUCACUUGACAGAAAAGUAGGAGGGUUCAACGGAACAGGAAUAACCGAAGAGUAAAGGGAUGAGAUAUAAAUUUUAGUUAUAUAUUUUCCGAGUAGGUGCAAUUCCACAAAAAGACUGAAAUUAAUGGCCAUGAGCUCCUAUUUGAUCAACUCAAACUAUGUGGACCCGAAGUUCCCACCGUGCGAGGAAUACUCACAGAGCGACUAUCUGCCCAGCCACUCUCCGGACUAUUAUAGCUCCCAGAGGCAAGAGCCUGCUGCUUUCCAACCGGACUCUCUCUACCACCACCAUCAACACCACCCACAGCACCAGCAGCGAGCCGAGCCGCCCUACACGCCGUGCCAGCGUGCAGGGCAGCCCGCCUCGGUGGUGAUGUCCCCUCGGGGUCACGUCCUUCCUCCGUCCGGACUGCAGACCACCCCCGUCCCGGAGCAGAGCCUCCGCUGCGACUCGGUGACACCCAGCCCGCCUCCGCCUCAGUCUUGCGGCCAAACGCCCCACAGCCAAAGCACUUCGUCCCCCGCGAGCACUCGUAAGGACCCCGUAGUGUACCCGUGGAUGAAGAAAGUCCAUGUAAACAUCGUGAGUCCAAACUACACAGGGGGUGAGCCGAAGCGUUCUCGGACGGCCUACACGCGCCAGCAGGUCCUGGAGCUCGAGAAGGAGUUCCACUACAACCGGUACCUGACGCGCAGGCGCAGGGUGGAAAUCGCGCACACGCUCUGCCUGUCAGAGCGGCAGAUUAAGAUCUGGUUCCAGAACCGGAGGAUGAAGUGGAAGAAGGACCACAAGCUGCCUAACACCAAGGUCCGCUCCGGGACAAACAACACAAACUCCCAGGCUAUAACCGGCUCCCAGAACCGCUCCGGACCACUAUAGCCCGCUUCUUUGACUCUUCGUCUGAUUUUGGCCCUUCCUUUCCUUACCUGCCUCCCAUGCUGAAGGCCGAAGCGGCAGCCACGCUUCUAACUACCAGAGCCAGCACUUUGGACCGGAAUAACGCCUUUGCUCUGGAGGGAAGGAGGGACGUCAUUUGCCGUUUGUUUGGCCCUGAUCUGUGCUGAUGUUACGCACUAUGAUAUGACGUUAUGACGUGAGAGGGGUGGAGGGGAGAUUUCCCAUUCAUAAAACAAAAUGUAAUGAUCAAAAGUAGGCGAAGGAUGAGACUGAAGAACUGCGAAAAUGAUUCUGCCGCUUCUUUGCUAUUAUUCCUUCUUCUCUCUCUCUCUCUCUCUCUCUGUCUCCCUGCUUUUAUAUUUCUGCCUUUUUAUACUCCUCUCUCUCUCUUCCUCUACACGACAGAACAUAAGACGGUAGGCUGACGAUAAUGUGCCCUCGUGCGUGUGGUUUCUCUCCUCCUUUUUUUUCAUACGACACUUUUUCGGUGAAGAUGGAUCCUCGUUUUCAUCUUUAAUCAUGCCAAACUCGGGCCCCAUUUGUCAUGUUUACUCUGUGGGUACAAAGCAAAGGGGUGAACCGCGGCUCUGCCCAUUACCCCCCUGCAACCCCCACCCCCCGAACCACUACCCCCCACCCUCCCACCAAACUCUGUCUCUCUCUCUCACACACACACACGCGCGCGCGCGCUCUGUCCGUCCUUAUAGUACUCUAAUAUCAAAUAUAACCUCCAGUAUGAGCCAACACGUCACCAGGCAAUUAUAACUGUUGGUUUUUUCUGUUUUGUUUAACGACAAAAUAUAGCUUUUUAAAUUUUAAUUAUAGUUAUUUUUGAAUUCAGUGUUGAUUGUAAAAUGAUUCUUUAUGCUGUUAUUGCUGAGAAUGACAUGGAGCGUUUAUGUGGUCCGUUGAUUGUUCAUUUUGUGAUGUUGUAUACAGGGAAACAGACUGACAGGGUGAUUCAAGUGAAACGUUAAAAUUAAAGUAUUUUCCACCAAACAGGGUUUAUACAGCUGCCUAAACAAAGGACACUAACACCCAAACCAAAAUCUGGUACUAAUAGCUCAUGAACACAUUAUAAACGCAGCACUAUACAAUGUACUACCUAUUACCUCAGUUGUACUGAUAUAUAUAUUUUUAUUUUUUUGGUCAUUUUAUUUUUUAUUGCUCGUUUAAUGAAGUGACAGCUUUUCGAGCUUUUAUAUUUUUGAAAUUGUGUGACGAGUUAUUAUAAUUAUUAUUAUUACUUGCAAUACAAAAAAGCGCUAUUCACUUCUUGUAUGUGGAAAAUUUAAAAAAAAAAAAAGUGUAAUUUAAUUAUAAGCAAUUGUUCUGGCCGGGGACAUUCAGAAAAAUAAGGAGCCUUUUCUUGCAUGUAUGACUGGUGUUGAUUUAUGUUUUUAUCGUUUCCUCUUUGUCUCUCCUUCCUCCGCACAUCAAAUGCGCGCACACUUUGCUUUUCCUCCUCUCUGUUCUGUCACCUUGUGCCACUCUUUUAGAUAUUUUAUUUUUCAUGUGUUUUUGAAUUGAUGUUAUUUUAUUUACAUUCCAAAGAUCCGUUUCUAUCCGUUUCGUUACUGAUGAUGAUGAUGAUGAUGAUGAUGAUGAUAACAAUGAUGGUAUUGUUGAACAUGUGUUACCUCCUCCGAUAUGUAAGUUGCUCCUUUCUCUGCUUAUGCUCCUUCAGUGUCUACCUUCCCAUUAUUUGUAAAUAGUUCAUAGAAAUUUAAAUAAAUGGAUAAAAAGUCA